GCCGCCCGUCCGUCGGCCGAGCCUCGCAGCAGCCGGAGUGAGGCGAACAGGUUGAAAAAGGACGGAGGAGCUUUGACGUUCAAACACUGUUGGUUGCAGACUGAAACCGGACCUAACACGCAAGCUGGAAGGGCUCAGCGCAGCGUGGGUGCCCAGGGAUCCACUGCCUGAGUGCGGGGAGAGCAGCGGCCGAGACCCCACAGACAUGAACCACACCAAGGGCGGCCUGGUCAUCUUCACCGCCAACUCACACCCCGCCAGCCGCGAACUCGGCAAGAGGAUUUCAGAGCGGCUGGGGGUGGAGCUCGGCAAGGUGCAGGUGUACCAGGAAGCUAACAGAGAAACACGGGUACAGAUCCAGGAGUCGGUGCGAGGCAAAGAUGUCUUUGUGAUCCAGACAGUGUCCAAGGAUGUGAACACCACCAUCAUGGAGAUGCUGAUCCUGGUGUACGCGUGCAGGACGUCCUGUGCCAGAAGCAUCACGGGCGUCCUCCCGUACUUCCCGUACAGUAAGCAGUGUAAGAUGAGGAAGAGGGGCUCCAUCGUCUCCAAGCUCAUCGCCUCCAUGAUGUGUAAAGCUGGGCUCACCCACCUGAUCACCAUGGACCUCCAUCAGAAGGAGAUUCAGGGCUUCUUCAACAUCCCAGUGGACAAUCUGAGGGCGUCGCCCUUCCUGCUGCAGUACAUACAGGAAGAGAUCCCCGACUACAGAAAUGCUGUGAUUGUGGCCAAAUCUCCAGCUUCUGCCAAAAGGGCUCAGUCGUUUGCUGAGCGGCUGCGUCUGGGUAUCGCGGUCAUCCACGGCGAAGCUCAGGACGCAGAGUCAGACCAGGUGGACGGGCGACACUCCCCACCAACCGUCAAGACCACCGGAGCCAUCCACCCCAGCAUGGAGAUACCAUUGUUGAUCCCUAAAGAGAAGCCUCCCAUCACCGUGGUCGGAGACGUCGGAGGACGCAUCGCCAUCAUCGUGGAUGACAUCAUCGAUGAUGUCGACAGUUUUGUGGCGGCGGCAGAGACGCUGAAGGAAAGAGGAGCCUACAAGAUCUUCGUCAUGGCAACGCACGGCAUCCUCUCCUCUGAAGCCCCCAGGUUCAUCGAGGAGUCGGCCAUCGACGAGGUGGUGGUGACCAACACGAUCCCUCACGAGCUGCAGAAGCUCCAGUGUCCAAAGAUCAAGACGGUCGACAUCAGCAUGAUCCUGUCGGAGGCCAUCCGCCGCAUCCACAACGGGGAGUCCAUGUCCUACCUGUUCCGCAACAUCGGCGUGGACGACUGAGCGACCUGCCCCCCCCCCCCACACCCACACACACACACACACAGACAAUUUGCCUUUUCAGAUCUCGUCAGAAUCGUAGAGGUGAAUGUCGAACACAAAAAUCUGGAUUUCCUGCUUGUAUAAUAAACAAAUCUAAAUGCUAACGCGUUCCUUUGAGUGCAGCUUUAAGGGACAGUUCAGGGUUUUUUGGGUUGUAUGAUGCACUUAUCCUUUAACACUGUAUUUGGAGAGCAAUGUCCUGCUGUGGAACAACAGGCAACAGCAACAAAACGUAUUUCAGACACAAAAAAAUCAAUAUCUGUGAAAGACCAUGUUGCUGAAAAUGACGUGACGAGUUUGUCGACGUGAAAAACAGCAGUUUGAUGCUUUCGGAGAGUCGUAUGAAAGCUUUACGAGAAAUGUAGUGACCUUUUUAUACAGACUGCACGGACACGCUCUUAAAGUUUGGGUCUCGGCAGAUGAAACGAUUAUUUCUGACGACGAGCUGGUCAUGCAGCGUACACUCUAAGUGAUAUUUAAAUUUUUAAAGUGUCUAAAAUAUGUUUGAAGUGUAACACGCUGACUGUGGAUAAGAACGUCAUACAAACCGCUUCAAACGGUCUGAACGUUCCUUUAACAUAGAAGACGACUGAAAACACACACGUGCACACAGAGGACUGAACACACUGAUCUGUGUCCCUCACGGACAUUCAUAGAUUACUGCCUGUCUCUCUCUAACAACACACACCUCAGUUUUUUACUCAUCUCUGUCUGAGUCUGUCGUCAACCACAGAGGAUCAGGGACAUGUUUAAGAAAACACAUCUUAGAUUCACUAAUAAUCUAAUAAUAAAGUCAUAAUAUCAUGAGAAUAAAGUUGCAAUUUAAAAAGAAAAUUGUAAUAGUAUGAGAAAAAACGGAAUGAGAUGAUGAGAUUAAGUAUGUAAAUUUACAAGAAAAAAAGUCCCAACAUUAGGAGAUUAAACUUGUAAAUUUGUGAGAAAAAAGCCACAGAUUGAAACUGGAGAGUUGGAUAAUAAAAUGCGAAAAAGUGAAUAAAUAAUCACAAGUGAUGGAUGAAUGAUCGAAAUUAUGAGACAAAUGUUGAAAUAUUAGAGAAAAGGUGGAAAUUUGGACGGGGGAUUUUGUCAUAUUACCCAACUCUUAUUUCUCAUAAAAUAACGAGUUAAAUUUCAUAAUAUUUCGACUUUUUUUCUUGUAAAUGUGCAAUUUUAACUUUUUUUUCUAAGAAUUACCACUUCAUUCUCAAGAUAUCACUUUAUUCUCAAGGUCAAACAGUUUUUGGGUUUUUUUGAAACACGGCCCGAAUCCUCUGGUUUUGGUCUCUUCAUCUCGUCAACAUUUCUGUCCACGUUUCGAUAGAAAUGAAACGUGUCUUUGUUGGAGCAUUCGUUAGCACUGAAUGUCUCUCACAGUUUAUCUGGUUUUAGAGAUUUAAGAGAUUUAAAGAGUGCCAGUGCCUUCUGCAGGACGUCAGCACGCAGGCCUUCACUGCUGUGUCAGCGCUAACUCCACUAACUCCUAAUGUAGUGAAUCCAGGAUUAUUAUGUUCCCGCUCAUUAACAGCGCGCAUGUUUAACCCUCGGGUCAGGUUUUUGUUUAUUUAUGUUUGUGUCCGAAUGUGUUGCUAACAUACUUUAGAGCUGUGUGGUUGCUGUAGAAGCUAAUCUGGUGUCAAAUCUACUCGUUGCUAAACUGGAAUUAACAGGAAAUAUUUCUCGGUCUGGUUAAUUUGACGUUGUGAAAAUCUUGUGUAGGUGCACUCGUGAAACACGCAUUCACGAGACAUCCCGUAUAACACAGUGUGCCAUUGUUUUCUUAUAUUUUGUAUCUGUUCAUGCCACAAGUGAGCAUCCUCCAGCUGGACGGCUCUGGAUUAAAUUAAUUUACAAAUAACAGAGAGUUUUCUUUGUUACGGCAGCAGUUCUGCAGUUUUACUCUCCAGUUACAAGUGGAAGUUUGAUGUUAAUCAGAUGUAAAAAUGGAUAAAUGAUCAUUGUGAAGAUACGAUAAAGUUCAAAACUGCAGCUAAAGCCGAAAAAGUAAAAAAAUCAAAACUUUUUCUGACGAGUAAAACUUGACUGAAGCAGGUCUUUGUCACUUUACCAGAUGUGUUCCCAAAAUGUUUUGUAUUUAUUUUCAGCACUUAAAAUGAAUAAAUGACCUAUGAAAGUCA